AUGAAUAAAAUUGGUAAAACAUUAAUAAAAAAUUCAAUUGUCAACCGUAAUUGGACAUUUUUAUCAAAUUUGAGUACAUUAUCAAAUCAUGAUAAUUCAAUUAUUAAAAAAUCAAUGGAAAACAAUAAUAUUGUAAACAGUAAUAUUGAAAAUAUUUUAAAAAAUAUUGAACAAAAUUAUAAAAAUAUGAAUGUAAAAACUGCUGUUAAUAUUAUGGAUUGCUUAUACAAUGAGCAUGAUAAAAGGAAAGAAUUACAUUUGGUAUAUUUUACAGAAUUUGAAUACAUUUGCAAGGUGCUACUUAAAGAUAUUAGAUCAUUAUCCACAUAUGAUACUAUAAAAGUUUUACGAAAUUUAUUAACUUUGAAUGUUCCACCGAAUACUGUGAUAAUUCAAACAUUACUUCAAUUAAUACGUGUUUCCAUAAAUAAAUUAACAAUUAAGCAAAUAAUGAGGUUGUAUUAUAUGUUAUAUAAUGUACAAAAAUCACCUCUAAUUGAAUCUUUGCUUCUUGCUCUGCCUCAUGUCUUAGAACAACAGGCUCAAAUUGAACUUGAUUCAACAAGUACUAAUUUGAUGGAAGUACUUCAAUUUUGUAUUAUGACCAAGAAUUUAGAAACACAAAGAUAUGUAAUUAGUCUUUUAUUUAAAAAUAAACAAAACAUAAAAUUACCCCAUGCAAUAAACAUUUUUGGUGUAAUAUGUAAUUUACCAGAAUUGUGUCCAGUUUCUAAACAACUUUUGUUUUAUAUACAAAAAAUAAUAGAGAGAGACUAUAAGAAAUUAAACAUAAGUGAAACUAAUUGGUUACUUUUAAACAUUUCUAAGAAAUGCAUGAAUUUAAAAACGGAGUUCUAUUGCAAAGUAUUAAUAGAUAAAUUAUGUUUUAAUAUAUUGUCUUACCAUACUAGUCCUAAAGAUGACUUACACACCAUAAUAUAUUUAAAUAAUAUGCAUCAUAGUAAUAUUCUUUUACUAGAGAAGUUAGUAGAGAAAUAUCUUAAAGAUACAGAUACUUUAAAAAUGUGCUCCAUACAUCAGGUACAUCAUUUUAUCAAAGGUUUUGUUAUUGCUGAUUAUAGACCACAUAAUUGGGAAACUAUAGGAAGAAUGUUACAAAAUUUUAUUAUUAAUAUAGAUUAUCCAAUAUGUUAUAUAGUAUCUACUGUGUAUUAUUUGCUCUCAUUAAAUUGUUAUUGUCCAAAAUUAAUAGAAAAGGCAUUUAUAUUACAUAAUAAUGUAACUGUUACUAUAAAAGAACAUAUAUUAAAAUUAUAUUGGUGUAUUAAAUUGCUUUAUCCUGAAUAUAAUGGAAUUAUGCCAGAUGAAACUAAAUUGAACCAGAUUAAAAUUAAACAUAAAGGUAAUAAUGUAUCAGAUUUAAUGAAGAGUUUGGUAGAAGUUAUUGGAGAUGCAAGAUACAUAAAAAGUGGUUUAAAAACAAAAUUUGGCACAUUUGUUGAUCAUGUUGUUGUUAUACAACCUGAUGGCUUUCUUAUGAAUACUAGUAGUUAUGGUAAUAUUAUAUUUGUUGAAGAGUUAGUAUCACUAACAGAAGGUAGCAAAUUUCUCUUCUUUGCUUUCCCAGUAGAAGCAUAUUCUAUUAAUGAAAAAUGUAUGUUAUCUACUGUGAAAAUGGAAUUGAAAGCAUUGGAAACAUUAUCAGGAUUUCAUACUGUUGUUAUAAAUCCAUAUUUGUGGAAUAACCUUGUGGACAAAGAAAAAAUAUUACAUCUUCACAAAAUUAUGAGAUCAAAGUCUAGUAAUAUUUGUUAUAAAUAA